CGUCGACGUCCCCGAGACACUGCGCGUCAACACCCGGCCGGCCCUGGACGUACACCUCCGACUAUCAGGUUCCAUGGCUGACAACAACACCACCCUGGACUCUCCCAACCGGAGCAGCUGUGACGUGUUUGUCUACCAGCAAGCCACCAUGAUCUUCUUCCCCGUCUUCUACUCGCUGGUAUUCCUCAUCAGCUUGUGUGGCAACGCUUUGGUCCUCUUGGUGAUCUGCCAGAGGCGGGAGAAGUCCAACUCCACCGCCGUCUACCUGCUCAACCUGGCCUUGUCAGACAGCCUCUUCACGCUGGUGCUGCCGAGCAGGGUCAUCUACUACGUGCUGGGCUUCCAUUGGCCCUUUGGGGACAUUCUCUGCAGGAUGAGCACACUCCUUUUCUUUGCCAACACGUACGCAGGAAUGGGCUUCAUGACCUGCAUUAGUCUGGACCGCUACCUGGCAGUAGUGCACCCUCAGCGGAUGCGCUGUCUGCGGCAGGUCACAGUGGUCCGCUGGAUCUGCUGCUUGGUUUGGGCUCUGGUGUUGGUGCAAGUAGCUCCUUUGCUGUUCUACAGCAAGUUGCAGCACCACGGCGACAGGUGGACAUGCAUGGAGUAUAUCGACGUGGACGGCUCCCAGUGGAAGCCACACUUCUUACUUCUGAGCUGUGUUGUCUCCUUCUUUUGUCCCCUCGUCGCCAUCUUGGUCUCCUAUGCCAGGAUCCACGUAAAGCUGCGGGUGGCGGGCGGACGCAACUCCACAAGCCCGUCAAAGAGGAAUCACAGAGCCAACGCUGUCAUUCUUCUCAUCCUCCUGACAUUUAUCGCCUGCUUCAGCCCUUACCACCUCAACGUGAUACAGUUCAUGUGCAGGAAGAUGCACCAUGAGGUCAGCUGUGAGGAACUGAGAGUCUUCAAGGUCUACUCACAGAUUACAGUCUUGCUCAUGAACUUCAACUGCUGCCUGGACCCGGUCCUCUACUUCUUUGCCAUUAGGACAUACAAGAAGCGAGUGAUGAACCUGUUCAGGGAGCGCCUGUGCGUUUCCACUCGCACCAUCACCCCCCUCGCUUUAGCCAAGACCACAACUGACAACAGCAGCAGCGACAGCUAAGACGCCACGAUCAUAAUUUCUUUGUCACAUUCCUUCAAGAUUAAAGCAUUUCUUGUUCCAAAUAAAUUGAUAAUCUUAUUAAAGUGUAUAUUAAGUGUA